CACAAGAUGCUGCAGACUUUGAGUAUUCUCUUUGUUCUGCUGUUUGCGUUAGAUUGCACAGCUUGGAGAAAACCGGAAGACACCAGACCAAAUUUUGUGAUUUUCUUUCCAGACGAAACUCGUGCCGAGAGCAUCGGAAGUUACGGUCACCCUUUCGUCGAGACUCCGAAUCUCGACCGCUUUGCCGCCGAGGGCACUCGUUUCGACCAAGCGCACGUGCUUCACACUCAAUGUGCGCCGUCUCGCUGCGCCAUCACAACCGGCCGUUACAUGCACGUGCUCGGACACCGUACGCAAACUCACCUCGUGCAGAACUACGAGCCAAACAUGUUCAGGUACCUCAAGGAGGCGAACUACACAGUCAUUUGGUAUGGAAAGAAUGACAUGCUGUCGGCCGACUCAUUCAACUCGUCAGUCACCGACUGGCAAGGUCUCAUAGGAGUGACAAACGGAGGAAACGCAUUUAAGUUUGGAGAGGCAGGUUACUACAGUUUUCUCUCGAAGCCGUCGAGUGUGUUCGGUAAUUCGACGAAGAAUGGCGAUUACCACGCGGUAAAUGCGACUCUGGAAUUCAUCGAGAGUGAUCCGCCAGAGCCAUUCAUUGUGUUUCUUCCCGGGAUGGGUUCUCAUCCACCCUACGGAGCACCGAUGGAUUAUUACAGUAAGUAUUCAGCUCAGCAAGUGCAUGAGAAAUCUCCUCUCAGGCUACCGAACCUUCCCAACAAGCCAAAAUAUCAUACGGGAAUCAUCAAAUACCGAAAUUUGACUUCUUUCAAUCAAACGUUCUUUGAUCAGAUCAAUGCUAUUUACUUAGGACGAGUGAGUUACGUCGACUGGGUGUUCGGUCGGUUAGUGAAUGGUAUCGAUGCAUCUCCGUUUGCCAAUAACACGGCCAUAUUUAUGUCUUCCGAUCAUGGCGAUUUUGCGGGAGACUUCAAUCUUGUCGAAAAGUGGCCGGGUGGUGUUGACGACAUUCUAACUCGAGUUCCCAUGAUUGUGCGUAUUCCCGGCGGUGCCAAGGGUCACGUCGUCAAGGAACCCAUUAAUUCGUUCGACAUGAUGGCCACCAUUUUGGCAAUGGCCAACGUGGAAGCGAAACACGUUCACUUUGCGCGCAGUUUUGUAGACCAAUUGCACGGAGCUGGCGGAAACAGCAGCCGGACUGUAUAUUCAGAAGGUGGUUUUCUCUAUCACAAUGAAAUAGAGCCGAACGAUCCGAAGCAACAACAACUAAGCGAUCCCAAAAAUUUAUACUACGCUCGAGCACAGGAAGAACUUCACGAAGGCAGUCCUCGCGUAGUAAUGGCCAGAAACGUAAAUUACAAGCUUGCCUAUCGUCCAGAAGGUGUUUCUGAGCUAUAUGAUCUAAAGAAAGAUCAACGAGAGCUGAAUAAUGUCUAUAUGAACAAAGAUUAUGCAGAAGUGGUGAGGCAGAUGGAAUCCGAUCUUCUUCGUUGGAUGGUUGAGACGGGAGAUGUAACUCCUCUCAUAGAAGACAACCGUGGUUUGCCAAAGCCUCCGCAUCGUCUGCAACCAAGUCUGUAGUCGCUGGAAUGCGUUGGAUGAAAUUUGCUAGUUCAAGGUUGUCGAAUGUUUUUAUUAAUGUUUGGUCUUUCUUUACUAAUAUAUAAUUCAAUUGUAUGCGGUGACACUGCAUGUGUUCAUUCAUUUUACAUUUAAUGGACGCGGUUUGAUUAGUAAAAUAUAUUUGAUGGC